AUGGCGAAGAGAAUCUUCAGUGCGGGCCGGGGUAUCCUGGCAGUUCUUAAGCGAGAGCUGAGAAUGGACCCAAUGGUACGAACGAUGGCCUGCAACUGUUGGCUCAAGGCAUCUUCCACCUUCCUUGGCCAUGCCUUGCAGACGUUUGAGGAGCGGUCGCUGAUUGCAAGAGACCGCCCGUCGCUGCAAGGGCCGCUGUUUUUUUUCCGCUGGCCUGUCCACUUCGCAGCCUCUCAACUUCUGCUUUGGCAAUUUCUGAGCAAGGAGGGGAUUGCUUGGAUUGCCGUAAAUUCAGUGCGGUGCGGAUUGGAUCCAUCCCAUGGAGGGUUCCAGAGAGUGGCGCGGUUUGGCAAGGCAGCGACAUGCCGAGCCCGUUGCAUGGGCCACCACACCAGGUCUCCAGAUCUGCAUGAGAUCCUUGUUCAAGACACACCGUAA